AUGACAAAUGCCGCCGAAUGGCCGCCUCACGUUCCCCACCAAUCAGCGCGUUGCUGUGGCUGCUGCCUCAACGCCGCCAUUGGUCACCGAAGCAGGGCAGAGGCGUUUUUCGGACCCCCGUCACCGGCGCCACAAGUGACACUCUAUCGGACACACUCCGUGCGCAAAAUUGAGCCGCACGUCUGCUGCCAGCCUCCACCUUCUGAGCCCUCACCAGACGCCUGCACUUCAGAAGGGAGACCUGAGUUUGUGCUGUCUCAACCGUUCAUCCUUCAGGUAUGA